GCUGGCUGCCGGUGGGAGGCUGAUGCCGGCACAGUCAUGCUCACACAGCUUCCGUCGUGACCCAGUAAACCCAGUCAGACCUGACCGGGGCUCGCUCGCUCCCCUGCGCGCUCGCCCACGCCGGCACGCCUCCGCCGCCCCGCUGCUUUCCUGGUGUUCCCAAGGGACCAGCAAACCCACCCCACUGGUGAGAGAUGGUGCCUGGGUCUGGCUCCAUGCUGGGAGCUGCGGCUGAAUCCUGUAGAAGUACCGAUAGCCAGCCGUAGGAGGGUGAGCUUUUGCCUCCGUGGAUGUUACACGCUGCGACUAGAGUGGCUGGUUCCAGGCUUCAGCCCAGGCUGUGUCCUGCUUCCACCAUCCUCCUUCAGUGUCGCCAGCCAGGGUGAGAGCUGAGGUCGGAUUUGAGGUCCUAUGUCGGCCCCCGCUGUUCUGGGAAGUAGGAGGGUUUGGUGGCCAGCCCUGUCCCAGGGAGCUGGAGAGCCUGUCCCGAGGAUCAGCUGUGCCAACCUGCUGGCAGUGGCUGGGGCAGCUGCCCUUGCCACAAGAGCAGGAAGAUGAAUGGAGAUACGGCACAUGUCAUGACGACUCUUGUCAUGGCGGUGGUGGCAGCGAUGGGAUACCCAUCACGGCGCUCUGCCACCGACCUGGAUGCCACUCCCAGGACAACAGUCACCUUUGAUGAGCUGUCGGGCGUCCGGCGCUUCAACGCACACACCCUCAACUACAGCACCCUGCUGCUGGAGGACGACCGGGGCAUCCUCUAUGUGGGCGCCAGGGGAGCCAUCUUCGCCCUCAACUCCAGUGACGUGGCCGACGGCUCCCACCGCACGAUCCACUGGGAAGCCUCCCCGGAGAAGCAGAUGGACUGCCAGCAGAAGGGCAAAAACAACAAGACCGAGUGCUUCAACCACGUGCGGUUUCUGCAGCGUCUGAACAGCACCCACCUCUACACCUGUGGGACCUACGCCUUCCACCCGCUCUGUGCUGCCAUUGAUGCCAACAGGUUCAUGUUGCCAUCCCACUUUGAGGAAGGCAAGGAGAAGUGCCCAUAUGACCCUGCCCGUGGCUACACCGGCCUCAUUGUGGACGGCGGCUUGUACACGGCCACGCGCUACGAGUUUCGGAGCCUUCCUGACAUUCGGAGGAACCUGCACCAGCGACCGCUGAAGACAGAGGAGUCCCCACUGCACUGGCUAAAUGAUGCCGAGUUCGUGGCAUCUGUGCUGGUCCGGGAGAGCAGGGACAGCCCUGUAGGUGAUGAUGACAAAAUCUACUACUUCUUCACGGAGAGGGCGGGAGAGGAGACCACAUCCUUCUUUGACAAGAGUCAUGUGGCCCGAGUGGCUCGAGUUGCCCGUGUCUGCAAGAGUGAUGUGGGGGGGAAGAAGAUCCUUCAGCGCAAGUGGACGUCCUUCAUGAAGGCGCGCCUGGUCUGCUACAUCCCCUACUACGAGGUGCUGCGCAGCGUCUGCAGCCUGGAUGGAGGUGGCUGGGCCAGCACUGUCUUCUAUGCUGCCUUCACGCUCUCAGCACAGUGGAGGACCAUGGAGGCCUCGGCUGUGUGCCGCUACAGCAUCUCGGCAGUGCAGCGUGCCUUUGAGGGCCCCUACAUGGAGUACCAGGACUCGACUCGCAAGUGGGCCCGCUACGAUGGUGCAGUGCCCGAGCCCCGGCCCGGCUCUUGCAUCACGGACCACUCCCGCAGGAAGGGCUACAACUCCUCGCAGGACUUACCCAACAGCGUCCUGGACUUUGUCAAGCUGCACCCACUCAUGUUUGAGGAGGUGAAGCCGGCUGGCGGGGAGCCACUCCUGGUGAAGAAGAGCGUGGCGUACAGCCGGCUGGCCGUGGACAGAGUGCAGGCCCUGGAUGGCCGCUCCUACGAUGUGCUCUUCAUGGGGACAGGAGACGGCUGGCUUCACAAGGCUGUGGUGGUGGGCUCUGGCAUCCACAUCGUGGAGGAGGUGCAGGUGUUUAGGGACCUGCAGCCCGUGGAGAGCCUGGUGAUCUCUCACGCCCAGAGAAGCCUGUAUGUGGGGGCAGCCAGUGGGAUCGUGCAGGUGCCCCUGGCCACCUGUGCCAGGUACACCUCCUGCUAUGACUGCAUCCUCGCCCGGGACCCCUACUGUGCCUGGGAUGGCAGGGCCUGCCGUGCCACCGCCACCACGGACAGCACAGGGCUGGUGCAGGACAUUCAGAGCGGCAACAAGGGAUGCCGGAGCAUCUCCGGGCGAGGCUCCCUGCCAUGGAAGAACCGGACAGUGCUGCAGGGAGACGAUGUGCUGCUGCCCUGCGACCAGCGCUCCAACCUGGCCCGAGCCGUGUGGCUGCUGAAUGGCAGUGAGGUGCUGGGCAUGGGGCAGGACCGGCUGCGUGUGGGGGUGGAUGGGCUGCUGGUGACAGACACGCUGCCCCAGCACAGUGGCGAGUACCGCUGCUACGGGGAGGAGCGGGGUCUUCAGACGCUGCUGGCUGCCUACAGCCUCACUGUGCUGCCCGAGAUACCCCGCAGCCCUACAGCUGCCACCCCACCCCACGCUGCCAGCCAGGCAGCCAACGACAUGAAGGUGGCUUACAUCUCCGCCAUUGUCACCUUGGUGGUGCUCUGCGCCGUGCUCAGCACCGUUCUCCUCUACAUGUCCUGCCUGGAGAAGCGCAAGGGCAAGUACGUGCUGGGGGAGCCACGGCCAUCCAGCGUGGAGCUGCAGACCGUCUCAGCCAACUGCCUGCGCAAGGGCCACCGGGAGGAGGAGGAGGAGGAGGAAGAGCUCACCUACCCUGAUGGCUGCCUGCGGAUCAUCCCUGGUGAGGCGCCCACGGCUGCCACUUCCCCCGUCAAGGAGCUGCCGGCUGCUGUGCCCCCGCUGCCGCCCCCGCUGCCGGCUGAGCUCACCAACGGCAUGGGGGCUCUGCCCAACGUCCUCCGCAAGAUGAACGGCAACAGCUACAUGCUGCUACAGCAGCAGGAGGAGCCUCUGGUCUCCCCGCUCUACAGCGCAUCUUUCACUGAGGAGCUCAGCAAGAUUCUGGAGAAGCGGAAACACACACAGCUGGUGGAGAAGCUGGACGAGAGCUCCGUGUAGGGGCUGGGGAGGGGGGUUCUGCCAGCGGGACCCUCCUCCCCUUCAGCCCCUUCUCCCACCCCUUUGCCAGCAGUGUUACAAGACUCAGGCGAAACUACCUCCUGGAUGGCAGAGCCGGGCCGGGCCCGGGCUCAGCCGUUCCUUUGGCUUUUACUCACUUUUGAGACUUGCUGUACAGAAAAAAAAAAAAAGAAAGAAGCAUCUAUUUAAAUUUAGAAGCUCUAUUUAUGUAUAAAAACCCACUGAUGGUGGCCACAAACUGGAGAUAGGAGCUGGCACCUGGCUGAAAGUGGACACCGGGAGGGAGGGCGAGUUUCUGUCUCUUCAUCCAGGCGUGACAGAGACACUGUCAUGGACGUGUGGACUUGGCUGGCCCUGCUGGGUGUCCCUCGGCACAUGGGAGCUGGACAGCUGCUGAGAGGGUUUCCUCUCUGGGAGAGGAUGGUUUGGCAAGGAACAGAAACAUGUCGAGGAGCUCACUACCCGAAUGCAUUGGAGCAGCUGGUGAAGGGGUGUGUGCCCCCUGCAAAGAGGCCACAGGGCGCCGGAUGCAGCUGCAGGCAGCAAGAUGCACUAGCAGCAGGACUGGCAGCCACCACAGCACCCUACAGCAUGACAAGGGACCAGCGCAGCAUCCACAUCCCCUUGAUGUCCGCAGUGCCCCUGUGGCCCCAAGCACGUGUUUCUGCCCUCCUGUGUGGUGCCGUUGGAGAACUGGGGUUCAAGCACAGCCCUGUCACCUGUGAGACAAUCCCUGGGUGGGGAAAUGUCCUCAUACAGUGAGGAAGAAGAGCCCUGGACAAGGGGCUGCCGGUCUGCCUCCCUCUGGAGCAUCCUCCUCUUCAUGGCACUUUCCAGGAGCAGCCAUGGUCCCUAAAUUCCCCCAGCUAUUUCUGCUCCUGCCACCUCCUGGGGGAACCUGAGAGACUGGUGACAAAAACAUUUCAUAUGGUGACACAGGAGAAGCUGUGGAAGGACAGACUUGCUGGGGUGUGUGUCCUCCCGUGUGUUCCUUGCUGGCACCUCUAUGAUCAGGACAUUGCCAGCUCAGCCCUACAGGGGAGACAAGAGGGGGGUGGCAGCCCCUGGGGUCCCUCAUGGGCUACAGCCUAGGCCUCCUAUUUCAGGAGAGCGAUGCUUAGUGGGAAAAGGCAAGAAUUGUACACCUGGCUUCUCCCAUCCUGCCCUCACUGUUUUUGCUGCAAGAAGGGGACAUGAGCCACCAGCAAGGACCACCCCCACCUUCCAAGGAGGGGUAUCACCCUGUGUCUGACACCCCUCGUGCACAGCUCCACGUCCCCUUGGCAAUAAACAUGGCUCUGUCUGGA